UACCACCAUUGCAUCUCUCUACUUCAUCAUGGCCACCAUCAUCAAUCCUAUCAUCUACGACACCCUGAGUCGCUUGAUAUCCUCCCGUCAUUCCACUCGCAACUUCCUUCCCAAGCCAGUUUCAAAUGACGACCUCAAGAGAUCCCUCGCCCUAGCCCAAAAUGCACCCUCAGGCUCAAACACACAGCCCUGGAGGGCAACAUUCGUGUCAGGAAAUGCUCUCACCUCCCUAAAGACGGCAUUGGUUGCAGCCGCCGAUAGCGACCCCUCACGCAUCCUGCAGCUGCCGGAGGCCUUUUCCCACUAUAGGUCAAGCCUCGGUCACAAGCUCUAUGGUCAAGCCAUGGGCAUCGGGAGGGAUGAUAUAGCAGCACGAACAGCGGCCGUAUUACGAAACUUCGAGUUCUUCGGUGCUCCCAUGGCGGGAAUUAUCUAUAUUGACAAGGCGUUGUAUGAUGUGGAUCUGCUCAGCGUCGGGAUCUGGCUCCAAACUUUGGUGCUAGAGCUGACUGCGUUGGGCUUGGAUACGUGUAUUGAGGUUAGUGUGGCUGGAUAUUCAAAGGUCAUUAAGAAGGAACUGUGCAUUUCUGAUGAUAUGGAGAUUCUCUGCGGAUUGGCGGUAGGAUAUGGGGAUCCUACAUCUGCUGUCAAUCAGGUGGUCGCGGGACGGGAUGAAUGGGAGCAAUGGAUUGAGAUUAGGGAUUAGCUCUUGGUCUGGUUGGUGAUGUAGAGGGAGCGGGACUCGAAGAGGAGCAAU